UUAGUUUGUCCUUUCAUUCAUUCGCUUUCUAUCUAUUUAUCUAUCUAUAUCAUCGAUCUAUUCAUCAUCACAGACAGACUGACAGACAUACUCAACAACAAUAAUAACAUCAUUAUCAUAUGUAGUGUGUUAUACAUUCAUACAUACAUCAUUCAUAUAUUGUACAUAAUCAAUCAUUCAAUCAAUAAUUUAAAA